GUUCGGAUUGCGUGCAUUCUAGCAGCAUUGCAAAGCGAGCAACACCGAAUAAUCUCAUACCACUACGCUCCUUUACGUGCGCACUUAUGUAAAGCUGAGGCGAGGCGAAAGUCUCGCAACUCGCGACGGCCCCAGUAACUUCAGCCUACAAAAUACCUGCAUGCCAUAGCUCUAUAGUAUACAUCCAAAUCGUUCUUGAAGCUCCAUAAUGUUGAAUUUCUACUUCACCUUUCUUGCGCUGCCCACCUUCCUUGUUGGCGCCAACGCGGGGUGUGUAAAGUGCCCUUACAAUAUGGCCUUCGGCGGUAUGGAUUGUGUGCUAGUCAAAAGCACUCUCGAGAACAACGGGGACACACUUUGCACCUAUCAUACCUCACUGGACACACGGGCGUUCUGCGUGUAUUCGGACGAAGGCCAGUGGAUAAAUGGGCUUAUCACUUGUGAGCGUAUGGUGGAUACGCGAGGAGAGUGCUCAGCCUGAGCAGGAUGUAAAGUGGAAAUGGCCCAACGCGAGUAGCAAUAUUGCUUUGCAGACAGCUGGGCAUGUCAGUAGAUUUCAUCCGUUUUAUCAGACGCAGUCCUUGUCGAGCGUAGCCUUUCGCAAUAGUGUCUCAGAUUUGAAGCUUUGAAGCUCGAAAAUUUGAGCGAGUUUCUCAAGUUCA